CUGUCGCCGUUAGGACCCUGAUGCGUCGCCGGCGAGACCCGCCACCGGUUGAUGACUCGCUCCGCCUUCCGUCUUCGCACCUGACCGCCGCCGGCGAACCUUCUCCGCACACACCGAGGAGCCCAGCGAGGAGCGCCUUUUGUUCGGCGUGAGAAAGACAAACAAACAAACAAACAAACAAACAAACAUCAGCAACAAAAAAAACAGGACCCUCCUGUCGCCUUGUCAGCCAUGAGCCAGAGGUUCACCGUCUCCAAGAGCGACGGCGACGGGCUCCCCGCGGACAUCCGGGGAGAGGUGAACCGGCUCUUCGAGGGCGACGAGCCGGCGAACGCAGUCCGGCCUGAGGGCGAUGCGGACGGGGUGGAACAAGCCGAAUCGGCGGCGGUGGUGAUGCCGAAAGGCGACAGCAACCCCAAGGAGAGCAGCCCCUUUAUCAACAGCAGCGAUGCGGCAGCGGAGAAGAGCCAGCAGUACGACGGCAAAAACAUGGCCCUGUUCGAGGAGGAGAUGGACACCAGCCCCAUGGUGUCGUCUCUGCUCAGCAGCCUGGCCAACUACUCCAACCUGCCGCAAGGGAGCAAGGAGCACGAGGAGGCCGAGAACAACGAGGCCGAGUCGUCCCGCAAGAAACCCGUCAAGGCCCCCCAGCUCGGCACUCUGAUGGGCGUCUACCUGCCGUGCAUCCAGAACAUCUUCGGCGUCAUCCUCUUCCUCAGGAUGACCUGGCUGGUCGGCAUCGGCGGAAUCAUCGGAACGUUCGUCAUCGUCUUCAUGUGCUGCACCACUACCAUGCUGACUGCCAUCUCCAUGAGCGCCAUCGCCACAAAUGGAGUCGUGCCAGCUGGAGGCUCGUACUACAUGAUAUCCCGUUCGCUGGGGCCCGAGUUCGGGGGCGCGGUGGGGAUCUGCUUCUACCUGGGGACCACCUACGCCGGAGCCAUGUACAUCCUGGGGGCCAUCGAGCUGCUCCUGAUCUACAUUGUGCCCAAGGCGGCCAUCUUCCCGCUGGAGGGCCUGGAGGGGGCGGAGGCGGAAGCGGCUCUGCUCAACAACAUGCGCGUGUACGGCACCAUCUUGCUCACCUCCAUGGCCACCGUAGUGUUUGUCGGCGUCAAGUACGUCAACAAGUUGGCUUUGGUCUUCCUGGGCUGCGUCAUUCUCUCCAUCCUGGCCGUCUACGCCGGCGUCAUCAAGACGGCCGUGGAUCCUCCCGAAUUUCCCGUUUGCGUGCUUGGCAACCGCACGUUGGUGUGGAAGACGUUCGACGUUUGCGCCAAGACGGUGGAGACUGCCAACGGGACGGUGACCACGCAGCUGUGGCGCAUGUUCUGCGACUCGUCCCUGCUCAACGCCACCUGCGACAAGUACUUUGUCGCCAACAAUGUGACGCAGAUCCAGGGCAUCCCCGGAAUCACGAGCAGCAUCUGGACAGAGAACCUGUUUGGGACCUACUACGAGAAGGGGGACCUGAUCGCCCGGAUCAACAUGGAGUCUGUGGAGGAGCCGGACGACCCCCUGACCAACGCCAACCGCUACGUGCUGGCCGACAUCACCAGCUUCUUCACGCUGCUGGUUGGCAUCUAUUUCCCCUCGGUGACAGGAAUCAUGGCCGGCUCCAACCGCUCGGGUGACCUGCGCGACGCCCAGAAGUCCAUCCCCGUGGGAACCAUCGCCGCCAUCACCACCACCUCCUUGGUGUACAUGUCCAGCGUCAUUCUGUUCGGCGGCUGCAUCGAGGGCGUGGUCCUCCGAGACAAGUUCGGGGAAGGCGUGCACGGGAACCUGGUCAUCGGCACGUUGGCGUGGCCAUCGCCGUGGGUGAUCGUGAUCGGCUCCUUCUUCUCCACCUGCGGGGCCGGUCUGCAGAGCCUGACGGGGGCCCCUCGUCUUAUGCAGGCCAUCGCCAAAGAUGGAAUCGUACCCGCGCUACGGAUCUUUGGACACGCGAAGGCCAACGGGGAGCCCACGUGGUCCUUGCUGCUGACGGCGUUCAUUUGUGAGAGCGGCAUCCUCAUCGCCUCCCUGGACUCAGUGGCUCCCAUCUUGUCCAUGUUUUUCCUGAUGUGCUACAUGUUUGUGAACCUGGCGUGCGCCCUACAGACUCUGCUCCGAACCCCCAACUGGAGGCCCCGCUUCAAGUUCUACCACUGGACUUUGUCCUUCCUGGGUAUGAGCUUGUGUCUCACGCUUAUGUUCCUGUGCUCCUGGUACUACGCCAUCGUCGCCAUGGUGAUCGCCGGCUCCAUCUACAAGUAUAUUGAGUUUGCAGGUGCGGAGAAGGAGUGGGGUGACGGCAUUCGAGGUCUGUCCCUGAGCGCCGCACGUUACGCUCUUAUGCGUCUGGAGGAGGGUCCCCCCCACACCAAGAACUGGAGGCCCCAGCUGCUGGUGCUGGUGAGCACGGAUGCCGAGCAGAACGUGGAGCAGCCCAGGCUGCUUUCGCUCACCAACCAGCUGAAGGCGGGCAAGGGCCUGACCAUCGUGGGCACGGCACUGGUGGGCAACUACCUGGACAACUACGAACACACCCAGCGGGCCGAGCAGGCCCUGCGUAAACUGAUGGAGACGGAGAAGGUGAAGGGUUUCUGCCAGGUGACCGUGUCCUCCAACCUUCGUGACGCCUCCUCCCACCUGCUCCAGGCCAGCGGGCUGGGCGGCCUGAAGCACAACGCCAUGCUAGUGUCGUGGCCGCGCAACUGGAAGCAGGGCGACGAGCACCAGACCUGGAGGAACUUUGUCGAGUUGGUGAGAGAAACCACCGCGGCGCACCUGGCUUUGCUCGUACCCAAAAACAUCGCGGCCUUCCCAUCCAACGGCGAGCGCUUCACCGAGGGCCACAUCGACGUGUGGUGGAUCGUCCACGACGGCGGCAUGCUGAUGCUGCUCCCCUUCCUCCUGCGCCAGCACAAGGUUUGGAGGAAGUGCAAGAUGCGCAUCUUCACCGUGGCCCAGCUGGACGACAACAGCAUCCAGAUGAAAAAGGACCUGACCACCUUCCUCUAUCAUCUCCGUAUCGACGCCAUGGUGGAAGUGGUGGAAAUGCACGACAGCGACAUCUCGGCAUACACCUACGAGAAGACCCUGGUGAUGGAACAACGUUCGCAGAUGCUGAAGCAGAUCAACCUGAGCAAGAACGAGCGUGAGAGGGAGAUCCAGAGCAUUACCGACUCAUCCCGCGGCUCCAUUCGGCGCAAGAACCCGGCAUCUGUAACCACCCAGCUGAGUGUGAGCGAAGAACCGCCAGCGGCGGGCAAGGAGGAGAAGCCGGAAGAGGAGUCAAAGUCGGCCUCUCCCCCUGUGCCCCCCCUCGCCCAGGUGCAGCUCAUCCACGACACCACCACCCCGACCAGCCCCGCCGCCCCGGCGGCCACGCCGGCCACGGCCGAGGCGGUCCAGAGCCCCGGGGAGCAGGUUCAGAUGACCUGGACGGAGAAGUGCGACGGGGAAGCCGGCAAGCCGGCCGGCGCGCCCGCACCGUGCAGCAUCAAGGACAUCUUCAACAUGAAGCCUGAAUGGGAGAACCUGAACCACUCCAACGUGCGACGCAUGCACACGGCGCUGCGACUCAACGAGGUCAUCAUCAAGAAGUCCUCCGAGGCCAAGCUGGUCCUGCUCAACAUGCCCGGACCGCCCAAGAACCGGACGGGCGACGAGAACUACAUGGAGUUCCUCGAGGUCCUCACUGAAGGUCUCAACCGGGUCCUCUUGGUCCGCGGAGGCGGACGUGAGGUCAUCACCAUCUACUCCUGAAAAAGCAGACCCCCCUGGCCCCCCACCUUCUCUCCAACCCGACCAUUACCAAUCCCCGCCACCCUCGCUCCCGUGUUCUCUGUCUCACCCAACUCACGCACCGCUGCUUCAUCUUCAUGUCGCCCAUACUGUUUAAUGGCAUAUCGUACCCGCCCAACAGCCCGACUCGGCUUCGGCGCCCCAACUAGCAAAAUCGCGAUGGGCCAAGUCGGAGACUGGUUUAGACGCUAGACCUACAUCGGUUCUGACUUUAUUAGUGGAGGCCGGCGUUGACCGUGAGGCGCGUUUGCCGAGCUGCGGCUGCGAAUGCAUGCUAACUUGUCUUUUUGGUUUGAAUCGGUGUCGUUUGUUUACCCGAAACAUGGGGAGGGGGGGGGAAAAAAGGUGAAGAAGCAGCUUCAAAACGAGUCCCGUCUUUGGGACCUUAAACCGCCGCCAAGACCACCACCAGCCAGGAAAGGCUGUAUGUACGAACUGUGAAAUCCACACGGGCUGCUUUAGCGUUAACCGCCGUCCUCGGCCCCCCCACCCCUCAUCCCUCGUGGCCACUGGACAUGCCAAAAACAAAACGCAGCGGGGACACAAAUGUGUCUGUCGUUUUUUUCCCCCCAUUUUCAAGUGCAGAAAAUCCAAAAAUGAAAAAUCGAAUAGUUUUUUCUAUUUUUUCUUUAUUUAACACAAAAAAACAAACAAAAACAAAAACUAGUUCACAUGUAGCAUUCCGUGUGGACAUGAGUUGAAAACUAGAUCAGCAAAAAGCAGUAAAAAUCAUAUCCUGCGAGUCAGAAUGCACAAAGUCGACUGAGAUAACGCUUGAAACGUGUUUGUCAUCGAUCGUGGCUGAUUGCGUCAGGUAACAACGCACUUUUCAUUUUUUUUGUGUUAGAUUAAAAAGUACCAAUAAACAAUCAGGUUAGCUUAGCUUGUAGACAAACUGUGAAUGUUAGCAGCAGGCUAGCGUCGUCGAGGAUAUAAAUGGUGGGGUCGGGGUCGGGAAACCAUCACGACCAGCAGCCCUUUGUGUGGAUCCCUGUAAAUAAUGUACAAGCUCUUGACGCCUCGUUGGGUAGGAGUGUAAUAUUUUUGUGACAUAUUCCAAGAAAAAAAUAUUAGAGGAGAAACAGUCCGUAUGAGGGAGCGCUCAAAAACGCCGGUUUUAAAUUUAUAUUUAUUUAUUUAUGUGAUGGCCUCCACAUGCACUGCACCUGCACUGUUCAUGCUAAAGUGUUUGUUUUUUUUAAUCUAAAGAACAAAAAAAGUAUUUAUGUUUAUAGAAAGAUCUUAUUGACGGGAGUGAAAUGUCAUCCAGUCGCCAACGUUUUGUGUCGUUUUUUGCCAAAUCUAAAUACAUUAAAUGUGCCAUAUUUAUAGAGUCAAAUUCAAUAUAAUCGGAGAACAAAGUGUGCUAAAAGAAAAAGAAAAAAGUAAAAGAGGUCAACGUGAAAUUUACAGCGUGGGAUUGGGAAAGAGAUGACCGAAUUUCAUCUUUUUCCCAGCAGGCUGACGAGAGGACAGCGGCUUCUGUAGCAAGGAAACCCACUUUGUCCACCAAACAGACUUCUAUGCAGUAGACUCACCAGUCACAUUUUAUAUACCCAGAAAUAUACAUAUUUAAUAUAUACGACUAUAGCUAUAUACAGUACUGUGUGCAAGUCUAGCGACUGCUAGCUUUGUUGUUUUAACAACAGUUUUGGAUAGUAGGAUAAAGUUAGUGACAUUAGGCAGAAAAACGUGAACGAUUUUUUUUGGGGGGGGGGGGGAUUUAUUAUUUCCCACAGAAAUCCUGAAGAAUUACCUCUUCAGAGUCGUAACAGAUGUAUUUAUCUGCCUUUACCUUUUAGGCAGAACCCCGCAAAGGCAGCAUAUUGCUAAUAUUGAUCAAAUUAGCAGGCUAACCGAUUUUUAUGAAAUUUUGGCCGGUUUCACACGCACACCCUGCAAAAUCAAAUUGAAAAAGGCGAAACAGAUUUUUACACAACUUUAACCUAUUUCACACUGUGCUGCUGCUAAAUUGCCGUGAACAAUCGGCAUUUGUCCUUUCCGCAGAACCUGGCGAAAGCAGGAUAUGGCCGCAACUGCGUGCGAUUUCACACGGCAACAACUUUCACCACAACAUGGCGACAUUCCCAUUUCUAUGUAGUGUUACGGCUAAGAUGAUGCGCAGUUGGGACGUUCAAUUCAGAGGUUCUUCUUGGACCACUGGAGGGAGCCCGCAAACCACACGAUGAGAAUCACCGAUUUAUACACAACUUUGCUCGAACAACAAACUCCCGGUGGUCUAAGCCUUAACUACUAUAUAUCGGCUGGAUUGUGGUGUUAGAUUGAGAAGCGCAUCUGGGAAGGAAAGUGCAAUAGUUAAAACGGGGACUCGCGUCUUUUAUUUUUCUUAAGGCAUCUAUCUAUUUUGUAUAACGUCUUCUGUCUGUAGAGUCAACUCGAGUCACUUUAUUUGUGUUUGUUUUUGGGGGGCUCACAUGGACUUGUAGUAGAACUAUAAAUAGAUACUAUACAUAUUUAUACAUAUAUACAUAUACAGUAUAUGGGAAUUCCAAAAUGAAAUUAGUUUCUAGAGCUAUUUAAAACAACAACAACAAAAAAAAAGCUUUCUUUUUGGUGUUGCUCGAAUGUCCAGGACCAUUUGUGGUGAAUGCUGCUAGUAUUGGUAGAUGUCUUUGCACUGUACAUAAAGACCACCGAAACUACAAGGUGGUCAUUUAAAAAAAUAACUAAAAAGGGUAUAGACAAAAUACAUAUCAGCGGUGAUGGUUGACGCAAAGCAUUAGAUAAAAUACUGAUGCAAUAGAACAGGUUUUGGCACUCCUAUAGUUAUUGAUAAUUUGUUUCAGAAAUUAUUUGAAAAUUGCCAAAAUGUGACUAUGAUUUAUGAGUAAUGUCGGCUAAACGAGUCAAAAACAGAAAAGGAUUUUUGUUUUUGGGUGGUUUGAGAACAUUUGCCUGCAUCAACUGAGCCUUUGAAAAAGUCGAGAGGAGACGCGUGAGGUUUAAUCAUAAUCUAUUUCCGAAAAAAAAAAAAAAAAAAAAGUUUUAUAAUCGCUGUUUGCAUGGUACCGUGUGGCGAUAUUUGUUUUUGUGGUUUUUACAGUGACGACGCGCACUUAAAGACGACGACAGGGGAAAAGGCUGCCAACCGUCGACCUUUUUUUGGAAGACCUUUGUCUUUCAAAAAAAAAAAAAAAAAAAAUCUAAGUUCAUUGUUCUAUUUAUUGCUUAAAGGAGUCUUGUGAACGUUUUUGGUGAGGCCUCGAGGUGGUCAUUUGUACAUAUGAAUGAAUCACUACAAACACUGCAACUUACUAGUGUUGUCUUUUCUUGUACACUGUUUUAUCACUGUGGACUCAAGUCUUAGAGUUUUGUAAGAUGAUGUGCAAUAUUAUUCAUCCUUUUAUUUUGUUUUGGUUUAAAGAUCUAAUCUUUUGGGAGGUGGCAGCAGUCGCUUUAUUUUCGGCCGAAUUGCCAGUCGGUCGCCUCCUUGGCGUUUCGUCCCGAAACGGAAAGCGCGCAGCUCCGUGGUGACCUCUGGCGGCGCCAGAGUGCAGUGCAGAUUUUGAACGCCACGGUCCAGUGAAAAGUCUUUUUACCAGCAACGCAAAUCAUAUAUUUUUUGUUUUGUUAAGGAUGAAAAACUAGUGUUCAUCUGUCAGACGUUAUUUUUGCUGCUCAAUGAAAAGCAUGUAUUUCUCAUCAUUUCUUUUUGUUUCGGAUAAAAAUCCUAAUAACAUUUUUAGAUGUGGUGACAUACGUGUCCUAAUUUUGUCUUUUUUAUGUUUCUUGGGCUUCACAUUUUGGAGUUUUGUAUCCAAAACCCAAAGCAAAUUAGUUCUUGGUGGGUUUUGGAUAAAAAAAUAAAUAAAUCAAUCAAUAAAAACUUUGGUGAUGCAUACAUGCGUUUCAAUGGAUUUGGAAAAUCUUGUUUUAAUGUAUCACCAAAUUUCUUCUUUUUAUCCAAAACACAUAUUUUGGCUGUGUUUUGGAAUAAAUAAAAACAACAUUUUGAGCUACAGUACUUCUCAAUUGAAACGUUUUCAAUUCUUAUUCAAAUUGAACAAAGACAAUUACUUGCUGCAUUCCAAAAAACACACACACAAACAUGCUUUUGAUUGACCGUUGAAAAUAUAGCCUGGACAACGCAGAUUGUCACUGUCCAGUGAAAAGCAAGCAUCCAAUUUUGUUGUAUUCGAAACACCAAUAAAACUCAGUUUUGGUGUGUUUUGUUUUUGUUGUAUUUUGGAUAAAAAUCACGAAAUUUGUUCCUGGUGCACUUUGGACAAAAAUCAUAAAUGAUGAAUAUUUGGAUGUUUUCCUAUUUCGGCGUUGCCAUUCAUCCCAAAAUGAGACCUGUGCUGGCACCAGAGUGCAGUGAAGGUCGCCGGUGUCCAAUGAAAAGCAUGCAUCUCCCCCGAUUAAUUUUUUCCCCCAAAGGGAAAUACAUUUUCUUUGCAAUCAGGAUAGAAAUCAAAUGCGGUGAUACCUGCUUGUCAUUGGACAAUCAACCCCCAUCCAUCCCACAGCCUCCCCACAACACCUGCUUGGUUCCAAGCUGCAAGUACAACCUUCUCAUUUCGGCCACUCGGCAACUUUAUUUUGGUUUUAAAAUCCUCGCAUGCCUUGGCCAAUUUCCACUCUUGCCAAAAUAAAAAUAUUACGGAACUCGCUGAAGUUUGUAGUUCUCAAAAAGUUCAUCCAUCAUUCAACAAAGCCCUUCAUCCUCAACCCCCCUCCCACUCCCCAGCUGUGUAUUUUAAAUGUGACUGCAGUAUCAUUCUGAAAAAGUGAUCAAAGAAUAUAAAACUCGCGCUUCCAACGCUGGGAGCGGCUUUGCUUGGACACCGCCCAAACGACAGUCCGUUUCGGAACCACCACACGCACACACAUCGACCCCAGCCCCUCUGACCCCUGACCCCGAUUCCACCCCAAGCAACAAACUGUAGCAUGAGACGCACACACAAAAAAGUUACCAGUGAUCAUUCCUCAAGUUUCCAUCUUUAAAUGGAUGUCAAGGGCUCUGACUAAACACACGAGUGAGCGGGUAGAGGAGCAAAACAACUACACGAAAACAAGAACAAACCCCACAUUGUGGCAAAGUGGUCCCCCCAAUCUCGUUACAAAAAAUGUAGCGGCUGUCUCGAGUGCUGCGAGCAGAGCCGCUCUCCAGUCACAGUGUAAACAUUGUGUGUGCAUGCACGUAUGAACAUGACUAUUAUAUUUGAGUGAUUGUGCUAUCAAGUGUUUUUUUUUUUCUUUUUUUCUCUUUCCGGUUGCACGACUCUACUUCCCACCUCCCCUUGCUAUCUUUUAGCACCGGAAGUGUUUCCAAAUGAUGAUUAUUACUAUAGUAGAGUUCAAUAUUCUAUUUUUAAUGUAUUAUCUGGAGAAAAUGACUACCAAAGUAUAUUUACGUUAACUAUAUAGACAUACAUAAAUAUAUAUAAACAUAUUGUGCAAAUAUAUGCUCCAGUGAAUUUGUUGAAGACGUGCCAAAGUUGUGAGAAAAGUCUAUUCUAUGAUUUCAUUGUUGUAAAAGUUCAUCUAUUUCAGAAAUUCAAUUCAAUAGUGAAACUCAUAUCUUGAUGAAAUACUUUUCAAGCAGCCAAUACUACCUAAUUUCUACAUGAAAAACAUUCACAAAGUUUGAAUUUUUUCCUCCCCACCCCAAGUUUAUAAUUUCUCUAUCGUAAAUUUGGGGUUUUCAUUAGCUGUAAACUAUAAUCGAAAUUGAAGGGAAAAAAAAAAGUGCACAUCUGAGUUUCACUUUACAUUGAACUACUAAAAUAGUUUCCCACGAUAUUGUAAUUUAUUGAGAUGUACCCACAGAUCUAGAGAUCAACAUCAGGGGUGUCCAAAGUUUUCAGAUGUUUAGCAUCUUUUUGUUUGUCAAAACCUCAAAACCAAGUUAAAUAUUUCCCAGCUGUGUCGUAUGUGCAAAAAAGCAAUUAUUAGUGAUAACUUUAUAAGCGUUUGUUUUUUCCCCAUUUAGAAUGUGGCGGCUUUGGGCACCCUUGACGUACAUGCCAAUAAAUCCCGACCUGGUUUUUAAUUCACUGGAGUUGUGGGGAACACUUUGUAUGGAUGCUUGAAAACUUAGCGUAGAUUAUAUACUGUACUGCAAACACACGAGUCACAACUACAAUUUUUUUAUUCCAUCGAGAAUCGGUCAGUGUGUGGUAAAACUGUAUUGUUCCUUUCAUUUGUGGGGUGGGAUGUGUUUUGCACAUGGGAGGGGGAGCUGGUGGUGGGCAAGAGGGUGGGCUUCGUGUAAAUAAAUUAAAUACAGUUAGUGUGGAAGUGUUUAUUUUCUGUGUCACUGUAAGUUAAAUAUUCUAAGGUUUGAGGAAAAAAAAAAAAAAAGUCAACAUGUAUUCUCUCUAUUGUGUUUCAUGGUACACUAAAAACAAAAAAAGUUUUAUCUUACAUUUCAAAUGCUUCUAUCUCUAUGGCUUCUGGCUAUGAUACCCGUUCUAUUUUAUAGAUUUGUCAGCACAAAAUGCAAUAAACCAAUACCAUUUUAUUACA